GCACAACGAAACACGACACAGACACCUCGGAAAUGCACAAGGUCUGCCGUUUCAUCCUGUAUCUGUGGGUGUUGCUGCUGGCGCGCGAGGCGAACGCCGGUGCCGGCGAGCGGUCCGAGGGAAGAACAGAGGAGAGCCUCUUCGCCCCGCCCGGAGAGCAGCAAUGGGUCGAAACAGAGGGCAUCCCCGGGAAAUCCCCGUCCCUUGGCGCUGCUGGCCGAAACGAUCCACCUUAGGACCGACUGGCAGAGGCUCGAUCCGGCGAUUGCUUCCAAGCUGAGGGAGGGAAGGCCCCUGGACCGUCGCGAGAGAAAGGAGGUCGAGUGGUCGGAGUGGUCGGCCUAUAAAGCGAUGCGCCGGGAUGGAUUCGAUGAGGUCACCAACACCAGAGAGGCCAUUGCCAUGCGAAACUACCGCCUCCGGUCGAUGAAACAAGAGAAGAGCCUGUCCGAGAUCCUCUUUCCCGGGCAAACCCCCCGGGACUAUUUGCUCGGGGAGGCACUCCCGGUCCGCAUGGACCUGGUCCGGUCCAGGAAAACCCUGAUGCCCUUGCGCUACGAGAACCUUCCCGUGUGCCGGUACCCUCAGCCCCGAAUGAGAAUGGCCUUCCAAGCCCUGGGGCCGCGGCUUCUGGGAUACGAGAGAGCCUCGGGGCGCUCCCCAUAUCGGUUCGUUGCCGGGGAGAACAAGGAGUGCACCCCGUUGUGCUUCGUUCGGCUCGUGGAGGAGGACCUCGUGCGGACGAGGGAGCUGAUCAACAACCAGUACCGCAUGUAUCUCGAGAUGGACGGCCUGCCGAUGUUGAUGAGAAGCGCGGAGCUCAACUAUGCCGUUAGGGGAGUCCCCCUGGGAUUCAAGUUUCCGGCGUUUGGCCGCGACACCCUCAACGGCAACUUUGUCGGCGACCACAUCCACUACCAGGACGAUGCCGACGAGAAAUUCUUCCUGUACAACCACCUGAAGUUUUUGGUCACCUACCGCAGGGUGGGAGGCAGCGGCGAAAGGAAUGCCAUUCGCAUUACCGGUUUCGAUGUGCACCCGGUCACCAUUGACCACAAACGCGAUGCGGAUUCGGGGGACGUGUAUACCUGCCGGGGGCCGUACGUUGCGAACGAUAUCUCUCGGUACUUUUCGCUGUCCGCCGGGGAAAGCGGGCACCUCGAUGUUGUCUACAGCUACGACGUCGAGUGGGUCGAAAACAACGACCUGGCGUGGGCGGACCGGUGGGACGUGCACUUUGUCGGGGCACCCGGCGGCGACUUGUACCGGUACGGCCUGAUCCACUCCCUCGCCAAGGUCCUGGUGGUGGCCGGGGUGGUGGCGGCGUUCGUGGUGCGCAGCCUCCGCGGAGGGAGCGGCGGUGGCAAGGGAGCGGGGGGCGGAUACGACCGGCUGCCAGCAUCCGAAGACGACGACGACGAAAACGAUGCCGAAAACGACCUCUCGCCCGGAGAACCCCCCGCGGUCCCGACCACCGGCUGGAAGGCCGUCCGGAGAAGCGUGUUUUUGCCCCCGAGGACUCUCCCGGUGGUGUUGUCGGCCCUGGUGGGAACCGGCGCACAGAUCGGCUGCGCCCUCGGAGGAACCCUGGUCCUUUCCUCGCUCGGCGCCGCGAGCUUUGCGGUGCCCGGGCAGGUCCUCACGCUGUUGCUCUUCCUGUACGCUUCCUGCGGCCUCGUGGGGGGGGCGGUGUCGUCCCUGCUCUGCGGCGUCUUUGGGUGUUGCAAGAAGGCAGGCGCUUUUGCCACCGCGGCCGGACUGCCGGCCCUGUUCCUGGCGGCCUUUUUGGUGCUGAACGCCUUUGUGGAAGGCGCCCGUGCUUCCACCGCGGCCAGCGAGGCAACGAUCGGUGCCCUGUUUUUGCUCUGGACCGCCGGUUCUUUCCCCAUGGUCGCUCUCGGAGCCUAUGGCGCAUCGUGGGCACGACCGGCCCCCGAGCCCUCGAAAGACACGGGCGGGGCGUCCGACGACGACGAAAACGAUGCCGAUGCCGAUGCUGCCGAUGUUCCCAAUGCCUCCCUCGCCGCAAGGGCCGCGUACUACCUCCUGGUCUUGGUGGGGGCCACCCUUCCGAUGAACAUCGCGGGGCCCGAAUCGCAACUGGUCCUGUCCUGCCUCUGGCUCGGCUGUGCCUACCUUUCGCCCCAAGCCUUCUACCUGCCGGCCACGAUGCUGUCGGUGGCCGCCCUUUCCGCCMUGGUCGCCAUCGGCCUGUGCUUCUUCCAGCUCUGUCGGGAAGACCACCGGUGGUGGUGGAGGUCCUUUUGGAACCCGGCCCUUGCCGGUUUCUACUUUUUCCUUUACGGCCUCUAUUUCAUGGACAGCCGGUUGUCGCUGGCGGGUAGCCUGUCCGUUGCCAUCUAUCUGGUCUACACCUCGAUGAUGGCGGUGUGCUUUGGCCUCUUUUGCGGGUCCGUCGGCCUCCUCUCCAGCCUCGGGUUUGUCCGCUUCCUCUACGGAAGGACCGGAAGGGAGGAGAGGGACUGAAUCGAAUCGAAUCGAAUCGAGCGUCCCAUGGCACAAUCACCCAGAACCACCCAUGCAACGAACGGAAGAUAUGCAAGAGAUCCCCUGCUUUCGGCACUCCGGCCGGCAAUGUCGCAACCGAAUCGCAAUGACUCGAAAAAAUACAAAUCGAUAUCAAAACACGCCUCGGUGCUACUGUACAAGUGUGUAGCAUUUCGUGUUUGCAGAAAACGCCACCAAAAUUCUGAUAUAAUUUUUUAGAACGUCAUGGUCAACAUG